AUGGCAGUUAAAGAGAAUCUACUGAUCGCAAUCCUGGUUCUUCCGGUACUUAUGUUCACAACCCAAGCCUCUAUUAACUGCAAUCAGUCAUGCCCUAGCUUCUUAGGCCAUGACCUGAUCCAAUAUCCAUUUGGAUUCUCAGCCGGCUGUGAAAUCCACCUCAACUGCACCAAAGCCGGGGUAUUCAUCGGCGAGUUCCCAGUCCAGGCUAUCGACUCUGAUUCCAUAAGAGUCAGCUUCAGAAGCAGAUGUGAUCGACCCAUCCACACCUUCCACCAAUUCUACAGCGUCCACUACGCCCCAACGUCCCGAAACGCAGUUCUGUUACGAAACUGCACAGAUGAUCAGGUAUCAUCAAGUUGCGUUAUACCCAGUAUAAACGUGGAGGCUCGAUUUCAGGCCCCGGAGGACUGUAGUCGGAAUGCUAGUCUCAGUUGUUAUGCAGAGAGCGCAAGGAACGCUACGUUUUUGGUUUACGAGACCAUGGAGAAGAGGGAGUGUAAGUACUUGUUGUCAUCUAUAAGUGGCCAGAUUUUGAAUGACACACGAGUGCCGUCGGUGACGUUGGAUGUUGAAGUGAUGGAGCUAACUUGGUGGCUGGAAGGAAUCUGCCAAUGCCAUAAGCAUGCAAGGUGUAUUUCAGUGCUGACACCGAAUUCGAGUGAUGGAUACAGGUGCAACUGCGACGAAGGCUUCAUCGGGGAUGGUUUUUUGUCUGGGUCUGGGUGCCGAAACGGUUAG